GUUUCCUUGAAACUCCCCACCUAAAGUUUGAGGAAGCGUAAACAUGUAUUCUUGGUGAGGAAAAUCAGUCUUUUACUGCCGUUUUUGAGGAUAUAAGCAAACACGAUUUCACCAUGGACAGCACUUCCAAAGCUGAUGCUUCCAGUCAGUUAUCUGUUGCUUCUCAGGUUCCUUUCCUUCACUUGUGUACCACAUUAGAAAAAAUUCAAAAGUCCAAACUCCGUCCAGAGAAAUCCAAGAUCCUUGGGUACUUCGUUGAGAAAUGGCGGCAAUUUCAUUCUGCCCUCCACAAAGACAACUCCAAAACUACAGACUCUUUCUAUCCUGCCAUGCGCCUCAUAGUCCCGCCUUUUGAACGAGAGCGAGUGGCAUAUGGCAUCAAAGAGAGCAUGCUGGCUAAACUCUACAUUGAUGUAUUAGGUCUCCCAAAGAAUGGCCCUGAGGCUAAUAAGCUGUUGAAUUACCGUGCUCCGACCACGUCCCAAGGAGAAGCUGGAGACUUUGCUGGCAUGGCGUAUUUUGUGCUGAAGAAACGAUGCACCAGCCAAGGAAAUCUCAGUAUUAAAGAGGUCAACGACUUCCUGGAUACAGUAGCCACCAGCAAUGCCACCAAGCAGAAGGAUCUUGUCAAAAAGAGUCUGCUGCACCUCAUCACCCAGAGCUCUGCUCUUGAGCAAAAGUGGCUCAUUAGAAUGAUUCUGAAGGACAUGAAGCUCGGGAUCAGCAAAGAAACCGUUCUCCAAGUUUUCCACCCAGACGCUGCUGAGCUCUACAACGUCAACACAGACUUGAACAAGGUGUGCCAGCAGUUACACAAUCCAGCCGUGUCCUUAAGUGAAGUCUCUAUUGGACUUUUUUCAGCUUUCAAACCUAUGCUGGCAGCUGUGGCUAACAUCCGCAACGUGGAGAAACAGAUGGGAAACAGCACUUUUUACAUUGAGACAAAGCUGGAUGGAGAGCGCAUUCAGCUGCACAAAGAUGGGGAUGUGUACAAGUACUUCAGCCGAAAUGCUUUUGAGUACACGCAGCAGUUUGGAGGAUCCCCGUUGGAAGGAUCACUGACGCCUUAUAUCCACAAUGUUUUUAAAAGCAAUGUGGUGAACUGCAUUCUUGAUGGUGAGAUGAUGGCAUACAACCCAGCAGCAGACACCUUCAUGCAGAAAGGGAGCAAAUUUGACAUCAAGAGGCUGAUGGAUGACUCAGAGUUGCAGACAUGCUUCUGUGUGUUUGACGUGCUUUUAAUAAAUGAUCAGAAGCUAGGCAAAGAAACUCUCAAGAAGCGACAUGAGAUUCUUCAGACAAUUUUCACUCCAGCCAAGGGAAGGCUGCAUCUGGUGCCAAAGGCUGAAGCCAGAACCAUGCAGGAGGUGGUGAAUGCUCUCAACGAUGCUAUUGACAGCAGAGAAGAGGGGAUCAUGGUGAAGGAUCCUUUAUCCAUCUACAAACCUGACAAGCGAGGGGAAGGCUGGCUGAAGAUAAAACCAGAAUAUGUGGAUGGCUUGAUGGAUGAGCUUGACCUGCUGAUUGUUGGUGGCUACUGGGGAAAAGGGAGAAGGGGUGGCAUGAUGUCCCAUUUCUUAUGUGCUGUGGCCGAAGCUCCAGAGCCUGGCGAGAAACCUUCAGUUUUCCAUACCCUUUGCCGCAUUGGCUCCGGCUACACCAUGAAAGAAUUGUAUGACCUUGGUUUAAAGCUCACCAAACACUGGAAGGUCUACCGGAAAAACAACCCACCAGCAUCCAUCCUGUGUGGAACAGAGAAACCGGAAGUCUACAUUGAACCCUGCAACUCCGUUAUCAUCCAGGUUAAGGCGGCUGAGAUAGUCGGAAGCGACAUGUAUAAAACCAACUGUACUCUGCGCUUCCCCAGGAUUGAGAAGAUUCGAGAUGACAAAGAAUGGCACCAGUGCAUGACACUGGCAGAGCUGGAUCAGUUCCGCAGCAAGGCAUCUGGGAAACUCGCCUCUCGGCACCUUCACAUUGACAACGAUGAACCGCAAAAGAAGAAGCGCAAGCUGCCAGUCAAACCCAAGAAAGUGAUCGGUGUCAUUGACCACUUUAAGCCCCAGGACCUUUCCGGGGUGACCAAGGAAACAGAUAUGUUUGAGGACGUGGAGUUCUGCAUCCUGAAUGGCACCGAAGAUCAUCCCAAGUCUGAACUGGAAAAGGGUGUGGCCAGGUGUGGAGGUUUUGUAGUUCAGAACCCUGGACGGGACACCUACUGCGUGGUUGCCGGUGUGGAGAACAUGCGCGUGAAGAACCUGAUUUCAUCCAACCAGCAUGACAUAGUUUGGGCCACCUGGCUGCUGGAGUGCCUGGACCAGAAGGAGGUGGUUCCAUGGCAACCCCGCCAUAUGAUCCACAUGUCGCCUUCCACCAGGGAGCACUUUGCCAAGGAGUACGACAACUAUGGUGACAGCUACUUUGUUGACACAGACGAGCAGCAGCUGCGGGAAGUGUUCAACAGGAUCAGCAGCGCAGACGCAUCAAACGAGGUAAAUGUCACGCAGGUGGAGGGACGCUACGGCUGGGAUGACCUUACAACCAGCAUGUUCAGACCGUUCACAGCAUAUAUGGACAGAUUUGCUGACAUAGGAGACCCUAAAAGUGCCAUACCUGCCACCUGCCUGGACACCAGGGCAUUGGAGUUUCGUUACCAUGGAGGAAAAGUGGUGGAAGAGCUGGAGGAAGGCGUUUCACAUGUUAUUAUUGCAGAGGCAACAAGACUUCUGGAUUUGAGAACUCUGAGGCGCUGCUUUAGGAGGAAGUUUAAGAUAGUAAAAGAGACAUGGGUGACUGAUUCAAUCAAAGCAGGGCAUGUGAUGAAUGACACUCAAUAUCUGGCUUGAAGAGGCUCUAGUACAUUUAAAUGGACACUCAGCAUUUUUAAUUUGUUUCUAAUACGAUUAGGGAUAAACUCUUUAAUAAAAUCUACAGCAUGAAAACUCCAACGACGCUAAUUCUCAUGGUUUUCAGUUUCUGUGAGUUUUGUCUUUUGUGUUCUUAACGAGACAGCUUAUUAUUCAUUUUAAAUGAAUAGGCUGCUGACUGGUUUUUCAAUUUUCGAACUCAGAAUCAUUAUGAAGGGUUCAGAUGCUUUUUGGGGGAAUGGGGAUGGGGGUCGGUCCUUCCUUCUUUCAGAUUUUUAGCCAAGCAGUUAUUAAAACUGUUUCUGCAGCAGAAAGGAGACUUGCCAAUUAACCAGGAAUGGAAGGUUUAAUUCUGACAGUAAUUUCUGUGAAUGAUCCACAUUAGAGAGCAGCAGCAAGGGAAUGCUCUGCCAUAAUAAUCUGUCCAUUGUGAAGGGGCGCUCCAGUGGUUUCAUGUUUCACUUUAGUUAAGCUGACGGACUUGUGAGAGAGAGAUUAAGAAAAUAAUGGUUCAAAUUGAACCUGGAAAAACUGACUUGUGUUUCCCAUGAUUCCACAGUGUAUUUGAUUUGAUCGACCUUAGCCUCUAAAUAUCCAUUUUCUCCAAACCCAUUGGGAAAACAUCAAAUCUGAGGUUGUUAAGCCAGUUAAGUUUGGAGCCUUUCCUCCAGAGCCUAAGAAGACACUCAACAUGAUCAUAGACUGUAAAUGAAAGAUGUGCAUGGCCACUGUGAUUUUUACUCAUUGGUAUCUAAAGUUCACAGCAAGCCACAUUAUUUUCCAGAUAAUAAAUAUGCUCCAAAAGGAACCAGCAGCAGGAUUCUUUCAGUUACAUAAAUGAAUGAAGUUUUUGGCUAUAGCUAUAUGUGUCACGUCUUACCCAUAUCCAGGCUGGUGAGUUACUGAAACAUUUACCUCCUGUUCAGUUGUCAUAGAGGGAAAGAGUAUCCAUAGAGACCCAAACACUUUGUGCACCAGGCUGAAAGCAUGAUUUUUAAUAAUGUAGAGUUAUAAAUUUUAGCAUUGAAGUUUAUGGCGAGUUACCAAGAGGCAACAUCCAGGGUUUAAAGAUUAAGCUGGAGUGAAAGUGCUGAAAACUACAGUUCCUCUAAUGGCCAUUUGACCUGGCUCCAAAAGUGAGUCAGUCCACACUGACGCCCAUGUCAAAAUGCCCAACUUUACAGAAUUACCACAGCAAAAAUUUUAUAUAAAUUUAAUAUAAUCGAUCCAUUUGGAUACUUGAAUUAGAGGUGUCCAGAUACAAGCCAUCUGCUACCGUCUCACUUUCAUUAAUUGGACUUGUGUUUGUGUGUUACUGUCUGUGCCCUUUGUAAUAGAAAGAUGUGACAGGUAAUACAACCUGCUCUGUGGUACAAACUAUGAAAGUUUGUGCUUCGGUUUUAUUAGCCUGCUACUUGUGUGUUUGUGAAUACAGCCGGUUAACUAAGCCUGCUACCAUUAGCUAAAAACGUCUUCCUUUUGUCCAAGUACAGUAACAUCUGGCUCCACAAAAGUGAUAGCCAGAUGCUAAUGUUGAGGCAUCACAGUAGCUAUAUUCAUCUUUGGGAUUGAUUUGCUUGUGGAACAAGUCCCACGUGGCUUUAGGGGAACUGUCGUUUUUGGCACUUUCUCAUGGCCUUCAUUUUUCACCCUGGAGGUCGUUGCGUGUUCAUGACAAGUGAAGACAAUUUCACGUGGUGUCUUUUAAUGUAAGAGAAAUGUCUUGAACUGCUCCUGUUUUUUUGUGCUCUUGUGUCAUUAUGUAUGAAGUACGAUUCUAAUAAAUAAUCCUGAAGGGGUUUGAAAUA